AUGGCGAUGGCGAUGUCGAUGGCAAUGGGGUUUGCUACCCCAAUGAAGUUCAAGGCCAGCGCUAUUAUGAAUAAUAGCGAACAACACCACGCGCUUGAUGCAUCGUAUGUAAAACGCGCCGCCGAGUUAUCGGACCUGUCAGCCGGUUUCACGGCGCCGCACCCUAACUUUGGUUGCGUGAUAGCAAAAAACAGCAGCGUGGGGAAUAAAGUUUUCGGAGAAGGAUAUCUUUACGCGCAAGGGACGAAACCGGCGGAGGUCCAGGCGGUGGAGGCCGCUGGAGAGUAUUGCAGAGGCGCCACUGCUUAUGUCAAUAUGGAACCUGGACACUGCGACGGCGAUAACACAUCUCUAUCUGCUUUUAUUAAGGCAGGAAUUUCCAGAGUUGUAAUUGGGAUCAGGCAUCCAUUGCAACAUCUUCGUGGAAAUGCUAUUCAGGCAUUGCAAAGUGAAGGACUGCAGGUUGAUGUUCUUGGGGAAGAUAUACAAGGUGUCUUCAUGGAGGAUGCUUUGAAAUCUUGUCUUGUUGUGAAUGCCCCUUUGCUAUAUAGAUCAGCGUUUCAAGUCCCAUUCUCUGUUUUAAAGUACGCAAUGACUCUUGAUGGAAAAAUUGCUACUAGUAGUGGACAUUCAUUAUGGAUAAGCAGCAAAAAGUCAAGAUCACGAGUCUUUGACUUACGUGGUAGAAGCGAUGCAGUUAUUGUAGGAGGAAAUACAGUACGCAAAGAUGAUCCACGUUUAACUCCAAGAAAUGGUGGUGCUCAUUUACCUACACGAAUUGUUAUGUCACAAACACUUGAACUUCCCGAGGUUGCAAAUCUUUGGGAUGUUAGAGAUGUGCCCACAAUAGUUGUCACUCAAAGAGGCGCACGAAGAAGUUUCCAGAAGUUUCUUGCCUCAAAAGGCGUUGAAGUGGUGGAAUUUGACAUUUUUAACCCUAAAAAAGUUGUGGAACAUCUUUAUGAUCGCGGGUAUCUUUCAGUCUUGUGGGAAUGUGGAGGGACAUUAUCGUCAUCAGCUAUUUUAUCCAGUGUCAUACACAAGGUGCAUGCUUUUGUUGCUCCUAAGAUCAUUGGUGGAAGGAAUGCGCCUUCUCCAGUUGGGGAACUUGGGAUGGUUGAAAUGACACAAGCUUUGGAAUUAAGUGAUAUUUCUUAUGAGCAGAUAGAAUCCGAUGUGCUUAUUAGUGGAUAUCUGCAACCCAUUCCUGAUUUGACACCAUCAACAAUUGAUCCAACUUUAUCUCCCUAUGAAUAUGAUUCACAUCCAACUUUAUCUCCUAAGAUAAUUGGUGAAAGGAAUACCCGCACUUGA